AUGGCCUUCUCGACGCGAAGACUGCAAAAGGAGCUCGCCGAUCUCAAGAGGGAGGGUGCCCCGGUCGGUAUUGAGCUGCUCUCGGCGGAUGACUUUGCCACCUGGCUCUUGUCUGUGGAAGUUCUAGGCGAGACCGUCUAUCAGGGAGAGAAGUUCGCCCUCAAGUUCCGCUUUGACAACCAAUACCCAAUCUCCGCCCCCGCGGUCCAGUUCGUCGUGGAGGACAACUGGGUAGCUCCGAUCCAUCCGCAUGUGUACUCGAACGGCCACAUUUGCGCCUCCAUCCUCGGGAGCGAGUGGUCGCCUGUUCUAAGCGUGGUCUCCGUCUGUGUCACUCUUCAAAGCAUGCUGGCGUCAUGCAAGAGGAAAGAGCUCCCCCCAGAUAACGACCGCUACGUGCGCCACGCGCCGGAGAACCCGAAGAAGACCCGAUGGGACUUCCAUGGUACGUCGAGCCCGCGAAGUUGA